CUUGUUCGUUGAAAGUGGAAUAAGGCUAGAAUGAAACCCGAGAGCAAUCAAGUAAUAUUUUCGAACGCAGCCCUGCGAUUCCGGAUUCCGGGUCCGACACAUGCGGAGCUGUCGCGCGGCCUACGUGACCUACGUUCGGCCGAGCAGUGCCGAGGACUGCCGAGGUGCCGAGUCGCGAGUGUAGGUUAUGUAGGUCGCGCGAUGGCUCACGGAAUAGACGGAAGGACGGAGCGCGAUGUGUGCGGUGAGUGUGCUCGGGUUCGGAAUCGCAGCACAGAAUCAACCACGAAGUGGCGCUUAAAGCAUUCUUUUGGAUCACGGGAACAUGGAGUAAGAGGAGGGCGACCGUGAAACAAAAGCGGUCCCGUUUUUAAACCCCCAAUUAGGAGGAAAUUCGCUGAAAGGUUAGAUUCAUAUCUAUGUUCGCUAUUUGUAAAGAGAGAGAGAGGGAAGAUAAGUCGCAUCUCUGAAUUAUUUCAGAAUUUUCAGAAAGAUGACAUUAUCUCUCCCUCUCUCUCUCUUUCUCUUUCUCUUUUCCUCUCUUUUUUUUUACAAAUGAUGAUUAAUUACGAGUUUGAAAACGAGGUCUUUUUGCUAUUCGAAGAUUGUACUCCUCUACGCUUACUCCGUGAUGGGAAUGAAGUUUGAUCUGACAAUAAAGUGCAAUAAAAGGAGAGCCGAAAA